AUGGCAGCUUCAGCUAGUGCCCGGAGACUACCCAUUGGCGUGAGGACAUUGAGUGACUUUCUGCAGAUUGCUGCUGUGGGCUCCCCUCGCUCCACACGAGUGCUGCAAAGAGGAUGCGUGAGACAACAACACAUCAGAUAUUUGUCGUCAUGUGGGAUACUAAUGACCAGGACUCCCAGAGUGCUUUGCCUUCAUGACGCAGACACGAUGUCCGCACUCCCACACAGCCGGAGCUUCAUCAGCCUCACCAACAAGAGGAAGGAGUACUCAGAGCGCAGGAUACUGGGUUACUCCAUGCACGAGAUGUACGAUGUCGUCGCCAAUGUUGAUGAUUACAAGCACUUUGUCCCCUGGUGCAAAAAGUCCCAGGUCAUCAUGAAGAGAGCAGGCCACGCCAAAGCCCAGCUCGAGGUGGGCUUUCCUCCGGUGGUCGAGAGAUACACCUCCAUGAUCACCAACGUACGGCCACAUCUGGUCAAAGCUGUCUGCACAGAUGGAAAGUUGUUCAAUCAUCUCGAGACAAUAUGGCGCUUUAGUCCUGGAAUCCCUGGUUACCCGCGCACUUGCACUGUGGACUUUUCGAUAUCCUUUGAGUUCCGCUCGCUGCUGCAUUCCCAGUUGGCCACCAUGUUUUUUGACGAGGUGGUGAAGCAGAAUGUGGCGGCUUUCGAGCGUCGCGCCGGGAAACUGUUUGGACCCGUGACUCAGAUCCCGCGAGAACUCAUGUUUCACGAAGUGCAUCAAACGUGA